AUGGAGACGAGGCAGACACGAAGGGACCACGUUGGCAACGUGGAUCCGAAGUUAACAUGUGGAGGAGGGUUUGGAAGCACUUGCUCUCCCUUUCAAGCGCUUCACAUACCGGUAAGAAUCCCUGAACAAAUAUGUCAACGCUUUUUUAACCCGUAGGGUAUUCAAGGGUAUUCAAUGUUUUUGUGAUGGGAUUCAAUGUGCAAAUGUGUCACUCGCUCACUUUGCGUUGACAAAGAUCGGCUCUUCCGCUCCGUCCCGAACUCACUGCCCGAUAUGAAAACGACAUAGUUCGUAGUUGAAGAAGGGCUCCUGAGCUGUACAUUCACUCACUCAUCCUCGUGAGAGAACUUUGGGAACGAGGUUGUCACGCUCAUGUUCGCUACGAAAGGAGCAACACUUACAUCAACACUCGCUGUCGAUUUCUGACAGUUCUUUAGGUCGUGUGUGUAUGCGCUACAAGUAUCACGACCAUAAGCAAUGGGGCAGUUUGUUUGUUUGUUUGUUUGUUUGUUUUGUCAUGUUACUGAAAAAUUUUAAAGAACGUUGCCGGUAAAUCGCGCGUGUAGCAUAGUAUAGCCCGUGGUAUGUUGUUUAUACUCCAAACUUUGCAGUCUCUGGCAGGGACUCUAGUAGCGAGGAGUCGAGAUAUGGAUUGCAGUAUUUUACAGAAAGUCGCCUUCAAAGGCUUUUUACGUUUAAAAACCAGCUGAUUAUGUCGAGGGAUGGAAAAAUUCUAAGGGCGUGUUUACAAGGAGAGAGGGUUACCCUUGUGCUAGGGUUACUCUAGCAAGCGGGUUAAACUUAGCUCUGGUUUACAAGCAAAUUUCACGGGUAGGGUUACCCUAUCACCCGGGCCAACUUUACCAGCUUUGCUGACUUGUUUCGUCAUGCGUGACAUUCUUUGUAACGGUCCAAGAUUUGACAUAAUCUUGAAGUUCUCUAUGGAAAACACGUUAAAUUCAGGGAAAAAAGGAAAAUAUUAUCAUCGUAGACAGAAAAUAACAUUUUAUUUUUCAGAUGUUUAUAAUUAAGCUCAGAAAUCGGAUAAUUCCGCUCAAUUUGUCAAGGAUUCUGGUCACACGUGACGGAGAAACUUUAAUCAGUGAUCUUUACUAUUCAUUGUAUGGUAGGAUACAAAAGAAUAUGAACUCCCAAAGAACAUGCCAGUGACUUCUCGCAUGGGACACAAGACAAGCCGGUCAUCAGCGGAUCCCUUGUGGAGGACAGUCAGACAGGGUACACUUCCGCCACUAGCAGGAGUACUCAGGAAGGAUAGCCAUGUCACAUUGGCGGCAGAGUCAGCGUCUGGAAACGCCUCGCAAUUUUCAUUCGCUGUUCAAUAA